AUGUCCUCCUCCCCUCCUUCGGCUCACGCGUACAACCAUGACGGCGUGCUCGUAUCGGACGUGCCUGAGAGCCAAAGGGUCUCAGCACUCACCGACGAGACACGCAAGGUGAACGACAAUCGGACCGGCGCGGAGGCCAUCGCCCCCACUGUCGGGCCGCGGAGCGACAGCGCGUCCAAUUCUGUCAGUACCGCCGCGGGUCCUCCCGCUGCGGGACCACCAGCCGGCCGGCCCAAGCUCGACAAGUUUGCCUACUCGUUCUGGGACCCGCAGAUGGCGCCGUUCCGGAAGAUCGUCUACAAGAUCCUCGGCGGAGGGUCCAUCGUGACCAUCAUCAUCAUGUGGCUCGCUUUGCCCAUGUACUGGGGCAGUCUCUGGCUCUCCAACGUCUACACCAACAAUCUCGGCGUCCGGAUCGUCGACUAUGAUGGUGGCGCUAUAGGACAGGCGGUCGUGCAGGGAUUGAUGAGCCGAACGGGCCAGCUUGGGUACUUUACAUCCCCGGCGUCGGCGUGGCCUAAUGCCCAAGGCCUCAUCGAUUCCAUGCUGGACGAGCAGGAGUGGGCCGCGAUAUCCAUCAACUCGGGCACGACGUCAACCCUGCAGAUCGCGAGGCAGAACGGGCUCCAGUCGUACAAUGGCUCGCAGGCGAUCACGGUGUACUAUGCUCAGGCGCGGAAUGAGCUGGCGGUCAAUUCGUAUCUCGUGCCGCUCAUCCAGCAGGCAUUAGGCGAGAUCACGGGACAGCUCAGCGCUCAAUCUACAGCCCAAUAUCUUCAGGCGAACUCUGGAAAUGCGACAGCUAUCUCCCUCCUCGCUCAGGCCCCAUCCACCAUAUCCAACAGCAUCUACUAUACCCUCGACAAUCUCCGGCCAUAUAAUCAACCGGUGGCCAACGCCAUCACCCUUGUCGGACUCAUUUACUGCCUCAUCUUCGCCUUCAUCAUCGCUAUGAUGGGUAAUGGCGCGCGAGAAAUAAUCUCUCCCUUCAUGACAACCCGUAGCUACAUCCUAUAUCGUCUCGGCACCCCUCUCCUGCUUUACAUGCCCAUCGCGCUCUUCUUCGCCAUGGUCAACCUGCCCUUCCGAAUCCACUUUGACGCGCACUUCUCCUACGCCGGCGGCUUCUUCCUCUGGGCAUUCACCGUCUACCUCUCCAUGUGCGCCCUAGGCCUCGCGGUCGAGUUUGCACUCACCAUCGUCGGACCAAAGUUUAUCGGUUUCUUCCUCGUAUGCUGGAUUAUCGUCAAUGUGUCUACCGUCGCCCUCCCACACGAGCUCCAACCCUGGAUAUUCCGAUAUGGCGCCGGAAUGCCCUUCUACAACAUAAAUCGCACAGUCCGCACCAUCAUCUUCAACACCAAGAAUGAGAUUGGGCAGAAUCUCGGGAUCCUCAUAGCCUGGAUCGUCGUCAGUCUGAUUACCGUCUCGCUGGCGACGUGGCUGUCGAGAAGAAAGGCGGUGAACCUGCAUCGGAAGGCGAAGACCGAGGAGGAGCGGAUGUAA